AUGGCCCCCGGCAUCGUCUCAGCAGACAAACUCUCCCUCUACCUCGGCGAGACUUGUACCAACGCAGUCUUGGACACCGUCACGCCCCUUGAGCCCGGUAGCUGCAUCGAAAUCGGCCAGGCUCAGAGCUACGUCCUCACCAAGGACGACGACAUCGUGUACAACAUCUACAGCGGUGGCAGCUGCCACCAGUACGAAUGUCAAAUCACGAUCUCAGGAGGCUGCUCCCCCGUCGGCGAUGGCAUCACCAGCAUCAUGAGCAUUGGUACGCAGAGCGCAAAGCGCUCGGCCAACAUCGACGAGGCCAAGCGUGCCGUCUCUGAGAAGCGGAAGGCAAAGAUGCUGCGCGCCCGUAUGGACAUUGACAAGCGAGUCGACGGCGAUGCCUACCAGUGCCCCAACAUCCCAUCGGGCGCGGACUACUUCUUCGUCGUGACAACUUCCAGCGCUGUAGAAGAGACAGUGGGUGGCGGCGAUGAGCAAACGAUGGAGAACGACUUUAUGGCCCAGUUCAACGCCGCUUACCAGAACCCCAGCGGACAGACAUCAGUCUCAAGCUACACGCCGUACACCGGAGAUGACAUUGACGACGUGACAAUCUCGCUCGACAUGCAACAGGGCGUCAUCCAGGACAUCCAGCCUCAAGACAUGGAGAGCUUGACCGAGAGCUUGAUGACUUUCCGGGACCAGCAGCGAUCGCCCAUCAACUUCCUUGUGAGCCUGUACACCGGGCGGGUGGACAAUGUUGGUGGCCUCAUCGCCAACUUCCGCUGGAAUGGAGACUAA